CUGGCACGGGGAGGUGUGGCAGAUGUGGGUGUUUACAGCUGUGUGAGUGUGCUUACACACCCGUUUGUGUGUAUUUACACACGGGUGUGUGCUUACACACGUGUGUGGGCUACACCUCUGUGGGUGUGUGCUUGCACACUCGUUUGUGUGUGCUACACCUGUGUGUAUGUUUCCACACCCGUCUGUGUGUGUUUACACACCCAUUUGUUUGUGUUACACCUGUGUGUGUGUUUACACACCUGUUUGUGUGUGUUAUACCUGUCUUUGUGUGCUUGCACACCUGUUUGUGUGUGUUUACACACCCAUUUGUGUGUGUUACACCUGUCCAUGUGUGUUUACACACACGUUUGUGUGUGUUACACCUCUGUGUGUGCUUGCACACCCGUUUGUGUGUGUUCACACACAUGUGCAAGCACGUGGCCCCGGGCCAGGGGCUGCCGCAGGGCGUGGGCAGCCUGGGGUUGUGCCAGCCCCCUUCACCUCGUCCCCUCCGUGUCCCCACACCGGGCAGGGUGCCUGCUGGGGUCCCUCUGCCAAUGCCAGCACCCUCACGGGCUGCCCUGGCAGGCAGCAGGUGACACUGGGGGGCACGGGGGUGGCAGUGCCACUCUGCUGCCGUCCCCUCUCCUGCAGCUCCGUCUCUCCCGCAGGACCAUGGUGAACGCGGCUUUCACAGAGAUCCGGGAGGCGGCUUUCGCCCACAUCCCCUCCCUGCAGUUCCUCCUCCUCAACUCCAACAAGUUCACGCUGAUCGGGGACAACGCCUUCGCCGGGCUCUCGCACCUGCAGUACCUGUUCAUUGAGAACAAUGACAUCCAGGCGCUCUCCAAGGCCACUUUCCGUGGGCUCAAGUCCCUGACACACCUGUCCUUGGCCAACAACAACCUGCAGACGCUGCCACGGGACCUCUUCAAGCCACUGGACAUCCUGAGUGACCUGGACCUCCGUGGCAACUCGCUGGCCUGUGACUGCAAGAUCAAGUGGCUGGUGGAGUGGCUGGAGAGCACCAACACCACGGUCCCCGCCGUCUUCUGCAGCAGCCCCGGGCAGUUCGAGGGACAGCGGAUCCGGGACCUGGCGCUCGGUGACUUCCAGUGCAUCACCACGGAUUUCGUGAUGCACCAGGUCCUGCCCUUCCAGGCGGUGUCGGCCGAGCCCUUCACCUACGCCAGUGACCUGUACGUGGCCCUGGCACAGCCCAGCGCCAGCAGCUGCUCCAUCCUCAAGUGGGACUACGUGGAGCGCAAACUCCGCGACUUCGACCGCAUCCCCGCUCACUCAGCGGUGCACUGCAAGCCCAUCGUGGCGCAGGAGCAGCUCUACGUGGUGGUGGCGCAGCUCUUCGGCGGCUCCUACAUCUACCGCUGGGACACGGCCGUGGACAAGUUCAUCAAGAUCCAGGACAUCGACAGCCAGAAGAUCCGCAAGCCCAACGACAUCGAGGCCUUCCAGAUCGAGGGCGACUGGUACUUCGUCAUCGCCGACAGCUCCAAGGCGGGCUCCACCAGCCUCUACCGCCUCAACCAGAACGGCUUCUACUCCCACCAAGCCCUCCACGCCUGGCACCGCGACACCGACGUGGAGUACGUGGAGAACGACGGCAAACCCCGGCUGAUCAUCUCCAGCAGCUCCCAGGCCCCUGUCAUCUACCAGUGGAGCCGGGCUCAGAAGCAGUUCGUGCCGCAGGGCGAGGUGGGCGAGAUGUUGGAUGUGCAGAUGGUGAAGCACUUCAGGGCCAAGCGGGAGCAGUUCCUGUGCCUCAGCCGCUACAUCGGCGACUCCAAGGUGGUGCGCUGGGAAGGGCAGCGCUUCGUGGAGGUGCAGACGCUGCCGUCCCGCGGCUCCAUGGUGAUGCAGCCCUUCGCCGUGGGCCAGCGGCAGUACCUGGCGCUGGGCAGCGACUUCUCCUUCACCCACGUCUACCUGUGGGAAGAGGAGAAGCAGAAGUUCGCCAAGUUCCAGGAGCUGUCGGUGCAGGCACCGCGGGCGUUCCGGGCCGUGCCGGCGGCCGACGUGCAGCUGCUGCUGGCGCCCAGCUUCAAGGCCAACACGCUGGUGUACCGGCACGUGGUGGUGGACCUCAGCCUGUAGCUGGCACCCGGAGAGCCACCGGACAUGCAUGUGCCCACCACCCCUUGUCCCACCCCCUGUCCCGGCCGUCCGCCUUCACCCAGCCCCACGGUGCCUCAGUUUCCCCACGGUGCU